CAAAUAUGGCGUAGAGUUGUACAAAAUGCAGUGGGAGAUAUUUGUUAUACUUGUCAAUUCAGAAUUUUAUUAAAAAAGACAUGUACAUAGAAUAAGACUAUUUCAAGCGACUAUAGUGUGCUAGACAAGUAUUAACAGUGAAAUGUGAAUUUUACGCAAUGGCACAAUAUUUGACUAACUAAAAGCAAGCAGGUUGUGUAAUAUUUUAACGUCCUUUCCAAGAUAUAAGCAAACAACAAAAAUGGGUAAACAAAAUAGCAAACUAAAGCCAGAGGUCCUAGAGGAUCUGAAGCAGAACACUGAGUUCUCAGACGCUGAAAUACAAGAAUGGUACAAAGGUUUUCUAAAAGAUUGUCCCAGUGGACAUUUGUCUGUAGAAGAAUUUAAGAAAAUAUACGGCAACUUUUUUCCGUAUGGCGACGCGAGUAAGUUUGCGGAGCAUGUGUUCCGGACGUUCGAUGCGAACGGCGACGGCACGAUAGACUUCCGGGAGUUCCUGUGCGCGCUCAGUGUGACGUCACGCGGGAAACUCGAGCAAAAACUCAAAUGGGCGUUCUCCAUGUACGACCUCGACGGCAACGGGUACAUCUCACGGCAGGAGAUGCUCGAAAUAGUCACUGCCAUUUACAAAAUGGUGGGUUCAGUGAUGAAGAUGCCCGAGGACGAGUCGACGCCAGAGAAGCGAACCGACAAAAUAUUCCGACAGAUGGACCGAAACAAAGACGGCAAGCUCUCGCUCGAGGAGUUCAUAGAGGGCGCCAAGAGCGACCCCUCCAUCGUGCGGCUGCUGCAGUGCGACCCGCAGUCACAGUGAUACACUCAAUAUUAAACCUUUCAGUCUAUCCACACUUAUAUAAAACUGUUGUAAAAUAUCACCCUUAUUACAAUGCUUGUAAGAGCUAGUGCGCGUCGUAAAGCGUUCGGUACACAUUAAUCCAGUUUGUUGUCCUGUUGCUUGGCUGUUUUGCUGCAAGCUCGCCGUUCAUUACUAUAAAGUAUCCCAGUGAUUGAAAUAUUUAUACUAUUAGGAACAGUUUUCUUCUUGUACCGAUGUUCUUCAAUAUUUAACCAAUUGACGAACCGAUCGUAGUUAGGGGAUCGGCAAUUCAAACUGCUACGUUUUUCUAAGAACCGUAACCAGGUUGUGAGGAAACAUGUUGAUAUUGACUUAAAUUUUCAUAAUGUAACGUACAAUCGAUUGUGAAUAUUAUAAUGAUAACUUGGAACACCAUUUAGCCUAGUACAAAUUUACAAUCAAUACAUAGUUCAAAAUAUUUUAAUUGUAAUUCAAGUUUAGAAACUUAAUAAUAAAAUACGUAUAUUUGAAGAAAACUAAACAACGGAAGCAGCAAUAAUUCCAAAGAAAGUAGCGUAAUUACGGUAAGGUAGAUAUAUGAAAAAUAUUACAUGAAUAUUUUGAAUAACGAUUUAGAUAAACGAAAUUACAAAAUUUUGUCGUCUACAUCAUCUUGUCUGUACUAAUAAGAUUACCAACAAAAGACAAAAAAACAUAGUAGAUAGGUAUAAAAGACAUUAUUAGAAAGUUCGUUGACCUUAAUAAAUUCAACUUAUCGAAAGUUUAAACUUUAAUGUAACAACCAAACAGCAGGACAAAGUUGUGCGACUGUAAUGUGUAUAGUGUUCAAAGAUUUUUCCCAUUAAUACUAGUUAGGUUAAUACACGUUCUCUACCCACAAAUGUUUGCGGCUUGUCUUAUAAGCGGGCUUGUGAGGCGCUCUCGACGGUCACAUGUGGUAUAUAGUGUGUUCGUAAUUAUAUACGAAGUUACCGAUGUGGCCACGAAAGCUAGCGUUCUUUCUUAUGUAUUAAAAUGUUAAACAAUACGGUUGUAAGAUAUUUAAUAAUGUAAUUAAUGUAAAGUACAUGUAUCCUUCUUCAAUCUUCAACCACGAAUUAUGGUUUACUGCUUUCGGUAUGAGUACUUAAUUUCCUGAAAGUCAAAUGUAAUAAGGAUCGCCUGCUGUAGCAGGUAUCCGCUGCGUUAAGUUUUACCUCCUUUGCAUUUACAGUUUUGUUCUUCCAAACAGAAUGCUCUUCCACUCUCAUAGUACCUUAAUAGAAUUAGUAAAUGUUGCUGUCACAGAACCAAUCAGAUGAUUCUCUCAAGUAGUGUAAUGCAGACUUUACAAAUAUAAAGCUGCAUUGAAAGCGUACCCCGACCUCACUGGCUCGCUUAUAUUGCGUCAAAAUUUUAUCCAAGUAUCUCCCUAUAUUAUCGAAAAAAUAAUUUAUUAUAUCUACAAAUAUUGAAUGUUCCAACAAUAAUUACGUGGGUGUUAUAUGAGAUUUUAGGAGUUUGUAGAUCUUAAUGAAUCAAUUUAACUAUUAUGCAGUUAUUGAUCUUAUAUUCGAAAUUAUAAGUAUGUCUUUCAAUACAUCUGAUAAAUGUUAUAAUCUAUAGUCUUAUUCAACAGACAAGCUAACGCCGUAGUUGAAAUACGCUGUAGUAAAUUUACAUGUUUCUUUGAAAUAAGUGACGAUAUUUCGUCAUAAUUGUUAAAUAAAUGGGAAAGUAACUUCGUACGCACAGUGCCUUUAAAGGAAUACACUUAAACCCAUAGACAUUGAUUAAACGAUCUUUAAGGAACGUGUUAACAAGGAUUGUUAAAAGUAUUUGAACUAUAUGCAUAUAGUAGAACAAGUCUUUUUAAGUAUAUUACAAACAGACGCCGCUUUUUACCGACUAUGCUUUUUGGCAGUAGAUGGCGUUGUAAGUCGCCUGGUGCCGGGCACUGUGCGUUCGCCGUUGCGACGCAUAUGGGUCGGAAAUAAAUAGAAGGUUGUACCGCUGUCUUCUCACUGCUAGCGAUUAUGAUAAACACUACUCAUGGUUCGUUACUGGUGCGGUAAAUGGGUAAAGUCAGUUGCUGAUCUGAGAAAAUAUAUCGACGUGUAACACCACUCACCUCACACUGGUAUCAUGAGUCAUUGGUCAGUGUGAUCUGCAUGAUGCUUUAUUGAACACGUAAAACCAAGUAAUCUCGAAGCUUUAAAUCGUACAUUUGCUGCGUAUAUUUUCUCACAUUUGUACCUGUUUGUGCAGUUACAUUGCAUGCCUUAAUAUAUUCUAAAUCUAAAACUCUCUUCUUCGUAUUUUACAACCGUGCUAGCAUUGAAAAGACAGCAUAUAUUUUAUAGCACAAUUUAGGAAGACAUUUACGCAACAAACGACACAUACAAAUAUGAUUAUAUACAGUUAUUAUUAAUUUAUAUUGUAAUGAAUAUUCAUGCUGAUCUAUUCGCGUAGCUGAUAUUAUUAAGGUUUAGUUUUAAUGAAUGAGAAAAGAAUCAUAAUGAUAGUCCCGAGUCAGCCUAAGUAUUAUUAUUCAAUUAUUUUGUUGUAAAAUGAUUUGUAUGAAUUUUUAAUAUGGUUAGUCUAAAAUGUAAUAAUUGACAGUUAGUAAUGAAAUGUUGAGUUUAUACAUAUUGCGGUACCUGAGAAUAAUUUUGAUCCACAUUUUGGGCUGCAAGGCGACCGCAGAGAGACCACACGUCCAUUUCAGUCAAACUAAUUGAGAUUAACCGCGUGUUUCAUAAUUACUAGGAAAAUAAUAGUAAACCACAAUAAUAUUAUGUUAACGUCAUAGUAUAUCAAUGUUAUAUUUAUAAACAAGUAGAAUAUAUGUCAGCAAAGCAAGCAAGACUGCAAGAAUCUAUAUUAUAAUUAUGUAAUAGAAGUUAGUGAGCCCGUCCCCCAAGCGCGUGAUCGUGAGGUCUCCCUGCGCGAGCCCAGCCGAGCACUCGGUGACGCUUCGACUGAUGUCAUUCGUUCGUUGGUCUGCACACAGAUGGCACCAGGGUACCGCACUGCGCCGCUGCGAUCCCGCCUUUAUGUUAAAUGUUGUAUUAAUGUAGUAGUAAACGUGAUGAUUGUGUAUAGACUUCUCUAAAGCAAUAUAAUAGACUGAAUUUAAAAAGUAGACACUUACUAUGUGCAACUUUGUUUUUUUGGCACAUGCUUGUAAAGCAACCCCUUUGUGAUAGCCAUGCCCAGCGGCGCUGUUACUGCCGAAGCGUGUACAUAUUAUAAUAUAUAUUCUUACUGAUCACGAAAUCCCGUCUUCCAGACAGACUACACUAUCUUAGUCGUGUAACAUAUUAGUCGCAGCGGUGCAGUGUCUCGGCCAGGUCGGUGCCCACAUUCAAAACAUUAUUGGUAUAUACACACUUAAUUGGUAGUUAUUGACACUUUACGAUUAUAAUAAGAUACAUAUUGUACUACAUUUUGAUAUUUAUUUAAAGUAUUUAUUACUACAUCACAAGUAUUUAUUGCAGUUAAACAAAUAUUGAAUAGAUUAGUGCUUGUUCUUUGUCCUUACAUAAUGUUACUUAAUGAUCUUUUGAAUUGUACACAAUUUUGUUAUAAUGUGUGUGAAGGUGUUAUAACAGUAACCGUCGCCCGCCGGCUCGCACGCUGACAGUGCGGGCUAGGGCUCGCCGAUGGUUGCGCGUUAUAAGCGGUCACACGUCUAGAUGUUAGAGACACAAUACACUAGGUAUAAUUUUUUUGUUUUGUAUCGCCAAGUUUACACUAACGCAAUUGUUGUGGCAUAUAUUUGUUUUCACUCAGCUUUUUGACUAACACUAAUAUUUAAAGCACGCUUUAAUUUUUUAUUUAUUAGCUUCAAAUGAAUGUAUUAUGGAUGAAUUCUCAUUUUAUAUAUAUAUUAUACAAUGCGAGUUUAAUUGACAGACAUUUUUAUUUUGCUUCUUUAGCUAGCUAGUUCAUUGGACGGAAUAUUGAAUCAAAUGCACAAUUAUUUUAUUUUUUCGCACAACCAUAAUAAUGUUACGUAUCAAAGUUUAUUAACAAUAGUGUAUGGAAUUGAUGGUAUAUUGAAACCUUGUUGAAUGUUCGAGUUGUCGUACUUAUACAUAUAUUCACCAAUUCGCCAGUGCUUAUGAUAGACACCAGAUAGUAAAUAGUAUUUAUCGUUGAGCAAUAUACAUAGAGAAUUAUAUUUUACUAGGAGAAUAUAAUAACGUUGCGGCUUCGCACACACACACACACACACACACAGAUCUACAAAUACAGUAUCUACAUAACUAUAUCCGAAAGUCUUCUUUAAAUAUACAGUAACUGAUGUCUGAUAUUAUACAACAUAUAUUAUGAUAUUCAAUACUUUAUUACUUUUCACUAAGUUUACAUAUCUGUUACGAUAGCGGCUGACCUUAGCGUUGGCGUUACGGAAAAACGAUGUUCAAUUAAGUGACUUAGAAUAAAUAUCGAAACAAAUAUUACAAACAACAGGAAAUAUAUAAAAAUAAACAGAAAAACAAUAUUUUAAUAUAUCAUUUUUUGAUUAUGUACAGAUUUUUAGGUGUGGUCGAAUUUUAUAUCUGUGUCAUUUUUGGUAUAAGAUGUUUAAUUCUAAAUGAAUGGAUCAUCAUCCUGAGUGACGCCUUUUAUUCUAAGUGUUUAAAAGUGGAAUUAACGUGUAUUUUGAAUUAGAAUUAGAACAUAGAUGUUUAUCAGAGUUAUUUAUAAUAUUCCUUACUUCUCUAUACAGAUGACACCAAUUUCUAUGCAUUUUUCUCGAUUGUUCUAAAUAUUUCCUGACUGUGCAGUUGAUUCUAUAAUCAGUUUCAAAUAUAAUUAUUAUUAUGUUCAGUCUGAAAUUGCUUUAACAUUGAUCGUGAGGUGAUUUGCUAUACAUAUACGAUAGCCCGGCGUACUCUUUCGUGGAUUUCUCAGAUUGUAAAAUUCUGAAUUAGUUCUCUAUAAAAAAAAUUGUUGUGCUGUGUGCAACGUUGUCCAGAAUGGCAUCGACGCUUACGCCUCCUUCGUUUGGAACGGCAACGUCGCCCGCCCCCUCCCAGUGUGCUUCCAAGACCAAUCCCAGCCGUAAAGAGCGCAAUCGUCACAUGUUCCGUAGUAUUUUAUACAUUUAGCUUAGAGCUUUAGAUUCAUUCAAUUGUGUAAGUAUAAAACGUACGUUAUGUGAGCGAAUCACCUGAUAUAAAUAAGCUUAGAUAGAUAGGUUAUAUACCCAAUAUUAGAUAGGGUUCUGUUAUAAACGCUAUAUGCCCCGCGUCCUAGUCAUUUUAGAUUUUUUCUGGAUACAACAGACGAUUAUUUUACUGUCUUCCAGUAUUUUAAGCAGUAGACUGAACUACGAAGAGUAGUUAACUGUCAAUGAUAAAAUAAAAGUACCUUAAAGUUGAGGUUUGGUCCCUGGUAGUGAACCUAGAUGAUUUCAGCACCGCUCUAGUUCAAGGCUAGCAUUAAAUCGGUGCUAAUUUUUACAAACAUUGCGAUCUAGUAUGCUUUGAACUUUAGUUGAUUUGGCGGCGCAUAUUAGCGGUAUUUAUGUAUUAUAAAGGUACAGUUUCUCCCUAACAUCUAUUUAACCACGAUUUUGCUCUUCUCACGUAUGCUUGUACGCCUCUUUGGGUUAACCACUUGAAUAUAAUAUCACUUGUAAUCUAUGGUGCAUAAAAUGUCCUCUGAGAUUAAAGGAUUGUUAUGAUAUAAGCUGUGUAGUGAUAGUUUAGGUGUGAGAUGUACUCAAAUCGCAAGAGACGAGACUUGGUCUGUAAAGGUUGAAGGAUAAAGCGUAACGACAUUCUCUUUUAAUAUCUUACACAAAAUUUACAUCACAAAACGUAAACGUCACAUAGCGGAGGGCUAAGAGAACUGGGAAUGUAGAACAGCAAUCUCAAAGUUACCGAACGGACGGUACUUAGCUACGUUACCAUAUUUUUCUGAACCUCGCACCAAACUAAAGCUACAGGUAUAAAUAUUUUACUUUUUGUAAGUACCAAUAACUAAUGUUUUAGCGUAUAAAGUUAUUAUUUAAUAUCUACGUAAACUUGUAUCUUAGCGACUAUAAAUUAUCUUAACCCAGGGUGCUAUAUUGACUCGAGAAGAGUGCUAUGGGCGCCGGCGUUUGAUUGUAAUAAGUCCACCUCUUAAAUACAUUUAAAUUAGAUGUUAAAAUUAUCAACUCAUGUUAUAAACGCCUUAGUAGUGGCGUGUUGCUCGUUGCUGUAGCUGCGAGCGCGUGAUACGAGUCGUUUGACAUGCGCAGUGGUCACCGCUUGCAUGCGGCGCGCAGGCGCAGUCAUGACAAGGCGAUAACUUCGAUUGCCCCACAGAUGUUAGUAGACUUGAAACUAAACUGGCACUUUAGCAAUAGAGGCGAGCCUAUGCGCGGCACUUUCGUGCUAAGUUCUCGAAGUGCUUUAAGGACCAAAAUUGUACAAGAUUGGUAGUACCUAAGUUGUAACGAAGAGUACUUAGAAAAUUGGACUUACUCCAAUAUCCGAUAAGUACGUGUAUAAUCAGUGGCUACCUACUUAAACGUUGUGAUUACAUAUCAAACCGAUUGAAACUGGCAAUAUGUUCUGAGUACGCGAACAUAUUCACACGUACACAUGUCGGCUUGUAUAUCUGUUAUUUCUUGUCAGGUAUGUGAACAGUAUCUAAGAUAAACACAUCUUUGAUUCACUAAUAGCACCCUGCUCUUUGAAAAUUGUACCAUAAUGGAACUUAUUGUUGAGUAUAAUGUCAACUUUAACUAGGAAUAUUUGGCUCCAACGUUGCUUACCUAUAUACUUACUUAAACGAAUACAUUUUAUCUUGGCAAUUUAUUGUUCUGCGUAGUCAAUUUGUGAUUCCUAACAUCAUUUCCUUUCAAGUUGACCUUCUAGUUCUGAUAAUCUGUUUUAGAUUAAAAUUAUUAUAUCUAUUUAUUAAAUCUUUCUCCUCUCAA